GGUUGGUGGGCAGAAGCUCGGAGGCUUUGAGGAGAUCGGUGGAAUCGGGGAGCGAGAUCUGAGAUCAAAACAGCCAGGGUCUUGGAAAAUCCUAACUGCUGAAGAGAAAGGGAUUUCUGCAGUAGAAUCCGGGGGAGAUUGAGGGGAAUUUGACUCUGGGGCAUGACCACUAAGCUGUUCGGCUCUAGGCUGUGUUGGUAGGAACCUUUGCAAGGAAGAGCAAUGGCUGCCGCUGCAGCAGCCUCUCACCUGAACCUCGAUGCCCUCCGGGAAGUGCUAGAAUGCCCCAUCUGCAUGGAGUCCUUCACCGAAGAGCAGCUGCGUCCCAAGUUGCUGCACUGCGGCCAUACUAUCUGCCGCCAGUGUCUGGAGAAGCUCCUGGCCAGUAGCAUCAAUGGUGUCCGAUGUCCCUUUUGCAGCAAGAUUACCCGCAUCACCAGCCUGACCCAGCUCACAGACAACCUGACAGUGCUGAAGAUCAUCGACACAGCCGGGCUCAGUGAGGCCGUAGGCCUGCUCAUGUGCCGAGCUUGUGGCCGGCGGCUGCCUCGACAGUUCUGCAGAAGCUGUGGUUUGGUGUUGUGCGAACCCUGCCGUGAGGCGGAUCACCAACCUCCUGGUCACUGUACCCUCCCUGUCAAGGAGGCAGCCGAGGAACGGCGGAGGGACUUUGGGGAGAAGUUGACUCGCCUAAGGGAACUUAUGGGAGAGCUGCAGAGGCGGAAGGUAGCCUUGGAGGGGGUCUCCAGGGACCUUCAGGCAAGGUAUAAGGCUGUUCUUCAAGAGUAUGGCCACGAAGAGCGCAGGGUCCAGGAAGAGCUAGCCCGCUCUCGGAAGUUCUUCACGGGCUCUUUGGCUGAGGUUGAGAAGUCCAACAGUCAGGUGGUAGAGGAGCAGAGCUACCUGCUCAACAUUGCAGAGGUGCAGGCCGUGUCCCGCUGUGAUUACUUCCUAGCCAAGAUCAAGCAGGCUGACGUAGCACUGCUGGAGGAGACAGCCGACGAGGAGGAACCAGAGCUCACUGCCAGCCUGCCCCGGGAGCUCACUCUGCAAGACGUGGAACUCCUAAAAGUAGGGCAUGUUGGGCCCCUGCAGAUAGGGCAGGCGGUUAAGAAGCCCCGAACCGUUAACAUGGAAGAUUCCUGGGCAAUGGAGGAGGCAGCCACAUCUGCUACCGCAGCCUCUGUUACUUUUAGGGAGAUGGACAUGAGCCCCGAGGAAGUGGUUGCCAGCCCCAGGGCUUCACCUGCGAAGCAGCGGAAUUCUGAGGCAGCCUCUGGUAUCCAGCAGUGCCUCUUUCUCAAGAAGAUGGGGGCAAAAGGCAGCACCCCGGGGAUGUUCAAUCUUCCAGUCAGUCUCUACGUGACGAGCCAGAGUGAAGUGCUGGUUGCUGACCGUGGUAACUAUCGUAUCCAAGUGUUCAACCGCAAAGGCUUUCUGAAGGAGAUCCGACGCAGCCCCAGCGGCAUUGACAGCUUUGUGUUAAGUUUCCUCGGAGCUGAUUUGCCCAACCUCACUCCUCUUUCUGUGGCCAUGAACUGCCAUGGGCUGAUUGGCGUGACGGACAGCUAUGACAACUCGCUUAAAGUCUAUACCUUGGAUGGCCACUGUGUGGCCUGUCACAGGAGCCAGCUGAGCAAGCCGUGGGGCAUCACAGCCCUACCGUCUGGCCAGUUUGUGGUGACUGAUGUGGAAGGCGGGAAGCUUUGGUGUUUCACUGUGGACCGAGGAGCAGGAGUAGUCAAAUACAGCUGCCUCUGCAGUGCUGUGAGGCCCAAAUUUGUCACCUGUGAUGCGGAAGGCACAGUCUAUUUCACCCAGGGCUUGGGUCUCAAUGUGGAAAACCGACAGAAUGAACACCACCUGGAGGGUGGCUUCUCCAUCGGCUCUGUCGGCCCCGACGGGCAGCUGGGCCGGCAGAUCAGUCACUUCUUCUCUGAAAACGAGGACUUCCGCUGCAUUGCUGGCAUGUGUGUAGAUGCACGGGGUGACCUCAUUGUGGCUGAUAGCAGCCGCAAGGAGAUUCUGCAUUUUCCCAAGGGUGGGGGCUACAGCGUCCUUAUCCGAGAGGGUCUUACCUGUCCGGUGGGCAUCGCCCUCACACCUAAAGGGCAGCUGCUGGUCUUGGACUGUUGGGAUCACUGCGUCAAGAUCUAUAGCUACCAUCUGAGAAGAUAUUCCACUCCUUAAAGAUGAGAAAUGCCAGUUUCUUCCUUCCCCCAACCGAGUUUCUCUCUCCCUUUCCUUCCUUGGUUGUUGAUGGUACUGUAGAGUAGAUGUGGCCUACGUCCUGAUUCUAGCCAGAUUGUUGUAGGAUCAUAAAAGCUCUAGUUUUCAGUGAUUUUUAUCAUUGCUCCCCCUCUCCCCACUCCCCCCUUUCCCUCUCUUCUAAGUUUUGAGCUCUAACAGGUACCUUGUCCCAAAUAGGAUAGAUGAUGCUGUUAGCAGGAGUUACGUAGAAGUUAGACACUCCCGAGGCUUUAGUAGACAAAGCCACUUUAGCCCUUUUCCCUUGUGUUUGAGAUUCGUAUUGGUAACUGAAUCGUCAUUGAUCUUUCUCCCUAGUCUACUGUUUCCUUCCUGUUAUAAUGUGCUUCAUCUAUGAUUCUUUGAUUCUGUGUGCAUGCUCCAGUGGGAUCUGCUCCACCCUUCAGUGAUAGUGUAUCUCUGUAGCAUGGUGUCCCUUUGAUCACCUUUACCAGUGUGAGUCUGAGUUAUUAAAUGCCACCAAAGGUGACACACCAUCCCUUUGGGAAGCAGGACCUCUUGGCUGGGGGAUUUCUGCCACCAUGGAUUGUCUUUUCAUUGCAGAUAUGCCAGAAGAUGGUUUGACCCUUGUUGCAUAGUUUUGAAAACUUCACUCUAGACAUUGCUUGCCUUAUAAAGGAGUCUGUAGCCGAGGCAGAUGGGACAUACAAGCAGAUGCUAACAUUUCCAGCAAAUUUGGGAAUUUUUUUGUAGGUCUCAAAACAUUUCAUACUCUUUCCACUGAUCUGCGCUAAGAGUUACCAGAAGAAUUGACUGACCAGUAAUGUGAAAAGGUUGACGCAUCCACUUUCAUUAGUAAUGAACAAACCAUUGGGUAGCUAACUAUGUAUUUUCUUCAAGUGAGUGCAUACUAUUUGAUUUUGAGAUUUAUUUCUGUUCUAUCAAGCAUUAAACUAAUUGAUAACUUUC